GCGCUCUGGGUGGAUGAAAAGCUUCUCUCCCUUUGGCCACACAGGGCCAGUGUUCGUGCCUAAGGGUUGUUGCAUUUAGUGCAUCAGGGUGGCGCCAGACCAACUGUGAGAGACUAACGGAGUGUGCCCACAGGAAGCCGGGAGAGACGCGUACAAGUGACUGGCGAGUGAGGUGCAGUGAGCAAUGAGCUACUCCUAAUAAGGACAUUUUGGUAGAGCCACGCAAGGUACACGCAAGUGAAGGAAAAACGGUUUCAUUAAUUCACAACUAAAACGAAAAAUUAAAAAAAAAAAACAGUAGAUAGGAAAAAACGGCGGAAAAGUGCUUUUCACCCCCCUUUGCGUGCCUCAUAUGCUGUGUUCGUGUAUACGUGAUUGCGCGCGUGUGUGUACCCCCAUAGAGAAAGAGGGUGUCCUAAUAGCCCUCCCCCCGUUUGACCCAAUGUUCCGCAGACAAAAUACACCCCCAAAUGCCAGGCUAACGACGUGAAGUAGCAGCCAAAGUGCCAACCGAAUGCUCCUCACGCUCCGCCACAACUCUAUUUUGGUUUCCCGAUCUAAAACACCCCAAAACCACAACCAAAUUGAAUCGCCAAUUUGCGCGAGAGCUAUAAAUUAUAUCUUGGUGCUGCGGGAAUUUGCGACACGAAAAUAAUAUUCCCAAAAAAAAUUCUAUUCCAUUAAGAGAUUAUCCAUCGUAUUAGACGCAUAAAAAAAUGGACGCACUGGCAAGUGGUUGUGGUGCCGAAGAGUCUUCCGAGAGCGACAAUGAAACUGAGCCGGCUCGCAUCUUCCACCGGAGAUUGUCCACCAAAAAGGAAAUCCCCAACUCCGUUGCAAUCAAGGAGGGUUUCCUCAUGAAACAAACAUGGUCUUUCCAACGAUGGCGUCGACGCUUUUUUCGUCUCAAGGGCCACAAAUUGUACUACGCCAAGGAUUCUAAGAGUGAAGUCUUCGAUGAAAUCGAUUUAUCAAACCUCUCCUUUGCUGAGUGCAGCACAAAAAACAUAAAUCACAGUUUUCAGGUCAUAACACCGACACGGAGUUUGGUCUUGUGUGCUGAAUCACGACGAGAAAUGGAAGAUUGGUUGGCUGCCUUGAAAGCAGCCUCCACGCAGGACUUCUUCGAGUCAGGCCCAUCUGAUCCGGACUUCCUGUCGAACCAUCAUCACUGGUACGCCACAUCCCAUGCACGACCCACGUACUGCAAUGUAUGUCGCGAAGCCCUGUCUGGGGUCACGUCGCAUGGGUUGUCGUGCGAAGUGUGCAAAUGGAAGGUACACAAGAGAUGCGCCGCGAAAGCCAUUGCAAACUGCAAAUGGACCACACUCGGAAGUGUUGGGAAAGACAUCAUUGAAGAUCAAGAUGGUAACAUCCUCAUGCCGCAUCAGUGGAUGGAGGGUAAUCUUCCAGUGGCGGCAACAUGUGCUGUGUGCAAGAAAACGUGUGGCUCGGUGCUCAGAUUGCAGGACUGGAGAUGCCUUUGGUGUCGAGCUACGGUACACACAGCAUGUCGCCCCCACAUGCAGGUGACGUGUCCUCUGGGUCCAGCCAGGGUGUCUGUCGUACCACCUCCUGCGCUUCAUUCAGUCGGUGUGGAUGAGGCAUGGGAUGUGAUAAAGCCCCACGGAAGCUUUUCACCCCUCCUCGUCUUCGUCAACUCCAAAUCCGGUGACAAUCAGGGCGUGAAGUUCCUGCGGCGCUUCAAGCAGCUCCUCAAUCCCGCCCAAGUGUUCGAUCUCAUCUCCACGGGACCCGGAUUGGGUUUGCGACUCUUCCGUCACUUUGACCCCUUUCGGAUUCUCGUGUGUUCCGGUGACGGAUCCGUGGGAUGGGUGCUCAGUGAAAUUGAUCGACUCGACAUGAAUAAACAAUGCCAAAUUGCGGUUCUUCCGCUGGGAACGGGGAAUGAUUUGGCAAGAGUUCUGGGCUGGGGUUCAUCCUGUGACGAUGACACUCAUCUGCCGCAGCUUGUUGAGCGAUAUGAGAAGGCAAGUACAAAGAUGCUGGAUCGUUGGAGUGUGAUGGUAUUCGAGAGGGCUAUUGGGGGUAUUCGUACGCCCAAAAUGUCCAUUUCGAAUCACCCCGAUCCAUACCUCAGCAAUGUGGAGGAGACAACAACAUGGCACCUCCAGGCACUCCUCGAGACGGAGGAUCUGGAAGUUAUUAUAGCCGCUACGAAAGAUCUCUGUGAGACAGUCAAUACCCUGCUGGCCAGGAUCGGAGACUGUAUUCGCAGUGAUGAACAAUUGAGCAUUAAGUGUGAUAUUCUUCGACAUAAACUCAUUAUGCUACUUGACACUCUCCAAGAGGAAGAAAGUGGCAUUCAUGGAGAUGAUGAUCUCGUGAGAACACUCAAUGACAUCGCACAGAGGAGUCUCAUUGAUAGGCGUCCGAGCACGGCUAGGAGUGAAAAGGUGGCAUUUGAAAAGAUGGAAAAGGAUAAGAUUAAUACGCAAGAGCGCAGAAGUCGCCAGAGGCUUGGGGAGAAGGAAGCACUCCUGUCACGUGCCAAUAGUUUGAAAAGAGCCGUCAGCAAUAUUGUAAAGCAUUCCGAGAGAAUAAAGCCACGCUACUUCCGGCGACUUUCCACACAGGCAGACAGUCUAAAAAUCCAUACGCCCUCAUUUGAGUCGUCCCCCUGCCCAUCCCCUUCAUUCCAAAUACCACCCAUCAAUAUUAUCUCACCCACGGUCUCGAUGACCCACCUCUCUUGCAUAUCUCCACUGCCAGAUUUACGACGUGACUCCACAGAUGAAUACUUCUUCAACACUGUUAGCCUCCCAGUACCCAAACAGUUUGCUGACAAUGGUAGUCGUCGUAGUUCCGGAAUUCCAGAAAGUAUUCAAGAACUAGAGGAAGCGAGUAGCCACACAGAAAAAUUGUUUCCCUUCUGUAAAGCAGAUGAUGGACGACGUUCCUCAUCUACCUCACCACAAACCCUAAAACCACCCACAAUUGAGAUUAAAAGUGAAUUCCUCACCGUUGAAACGAUCACUGAUCAUUUAUCCUGGGAGCAUAGACCAUCACUGGAUGGUGCAGCUUCUGUUUCACAACCCGUGGAGCCACUAAUUGUGCCCAGUAUUGUUAUCCCUGAUAAGUCAAUCAACAAUGUCUAUAUGAGUGAAAAUAUGACCAUCAUCGAUACAGACGCACCUGAUAAGUCCUCCUCCGACGAUAUACCCGGAGAGGCAAGUGAUGUCCUUUCGGCCAUUAGCAACGAAGAAUGCAGCGUAACAUCCGAGAUACUGGAUAAGAAUCUAGAUGCUGAUCCGCAGGGAUUUGUUGCUGAACAAAUUCAGGAUUUGGAAUCUGAUCGAAUAUGCCACAUCGAUUCGCCGGAAACGAGUGAUACAACGGAUGCUCUCCAUGGGGAGAGUAUCAUGGAUGAUAUAAGUUCAGUAUUGGGCCAAGAUAUAUUGGGUGCAUUGCAAGAUAACACAAUUACAGAGGACACAACUACACUGUGUGCUCCUGAGAAGCCACGAAAGAGAUCACUUAAGAAGAAGCUUUCGUCAAAUGGGAAAAUCCACCAAGACGCCAUGUCUCAGGAGAAGGAGAAUAAACCAGAAAAUCAACCAUUUGGAUAUGAAAAUAUGGUUUUCAGCAUGGAUCAUCGGAAGGAGGAUAAGCCCAUACGAUACUGUAGCCUAGCACAAUUUGUCGAAGGCAACGAUAUCGCAAGAAAGAGUUUCAAGAGACCGAAAACAGCAAGUGCCUCAAAAAGCAAGACAGACCCACAGGAUGGUGGUGAAAGUUUAGACACAAUCAAAAUCCAAAUACAGGGAUCACAUUCGGAUCUAUCAGACACGGAGAAUUUCAGGAAACCCGAUGCAAGGCGCCACAUUAGCUUCGACGAGUCGUGCAAGAAGGAGUCUGCCGAUCAAGUACUGUACAAUGAGUUUUACAUCAACCAACUGCUCUCUGACGACCCAUUGUUCUGCUUUGAACAAUUCCAGAGACCAUCACCCUACUUUCCCAAGGUAAGUGUAGUCGUGGAGCCCCCUUCCCCGGCAAUUACUAAUGAGCUCCGAGUGCAGCGCUCCGGUGAGAUUCGUCGUCAUUCCAGUCACUCACCCAGUCUCACUGUACGCGAUUACGAAAGAGAACGCGAUCGACGUCAUUCGGGCUACAAUCCCAAUCUCCUUGGAUUGGAUCAGGAGCACAUGCGCUUCCUCAGUUGCUCCCCGGCGGCAUCGCGACGCAUCAGUUGUGGGAGUUUGUACAAGACCACAGAAACCCUCCCCAUUGGUCUAUCGCGUGCUAAUCUUCUUGGGAGUACGGCAACGGGUGUUGAUGGGAAGGAAGACAAAGAUGAGAAGAGUAAACAGGAGAAGGAGGAUCAGAAGAUGAAGCGACUACCCAUCAUUAAUCCACUCGUACGAUUACCAUCGUGGCCAAAUGUUACCAGUGGCACAGGAUUUAUCUCAAAGUGCCUCUUGGCAAAUGCUGAUACACUCUGUGCCGCGGUGUCCCCCCUCAUGGAUCCCGAUGAAACCCUCCUUGAAGGUUUUUACGAGAAAUGCGUCAUGAACAAUUACUUUGGCAUUGGCAUUGAUGCUAAGAUCUCCCUGGAUUUCCACAAUAAACGCGAAGAGCAUCCUGAGAAAUGUCGAUCGCGUGCUAAGAACUACAUGUGGUACGGGGUAUUGGGAUCAAAGCAGUGGCUCCAGAAAACGUACAAGAAUCUCGAGCAACGCGUUCAGCUUGAAUGCGAUGGCCAGAGGAUCCCACUUCCAUCGCUUCAGGGUAUUGUGGUGCUCAAUAUACCAAGUUUCAUGGGUGGAACGAAUUUCUGGGGUAGCAAGAAGGAGAAUGAUUGCUUCCUAGCACCGAGUUUCGAUGAUCGCAUCCUCGAAGUUGUGGCGGUGUUUGGAUCAGUUCAAAUGGCGGCGUCACGCUUGAUUAAUCUUCAGCAUCAUCGUAUAGCUCAGUGUCAGAGUGUGCAGAUUACAAUUCUUGGAGAUGAAGAUAUGCCUAUUCAGGUGGAUGGUGAGGCAUGGCUUCAGCCACCUGGAAUGAUUAGAAUCAUCCACAAGAAUCGCGUACAGAUGCUCUGUCGCAACCGGAACCUCGAGAUCUCCCUCAAGAGUUGGCAAGAGAAGCAGAGGCAGCAUAGCAUUAGCAUUGCGAGGGAGCAAACAUCAACAACAUCUGAUAUUGGUGUUGGUUCAGAUCAAUUCCUCUCGGAGCGCGAAUCCUACUUGCUACUUAACUUUAUCGAAGUCUCGUCAUCUUUGGUGAAAUGGGUUAAAUUCCUCAUCAUUAGCCAUCCAUCGCUACAGCAUGAACUCUACGCUGUAGCCUGUCGCACAUCAGAGGCCCUAGAAGCUAUUCAUCCCAAUGGAAAGAUCAUCGAUGGACCCAAUUUGAGGUCACAACUAGCUGAGGUUGUUACGUGUUCGAGGCAACUCUACGAAGAAACGUGUGAUCUUCUCCGUGCUCGCGGGUCGAGCCUUAUACUGCGGGAAGACCUGGAGACGAAGCUCAGUGUGUCACUGGCCAAUAUGGAAAUGGAACUACGCAAGUGUACCAUUCACAAGGAUGAUAAGAAUCAACCGAAGGCCUACCUAAAUGUCCUAGCUCCACACUACGAUACCGAUCAUGGACGCAAGAAAUCCAAACCCUUCUGGCUACGUUUCCGUAGUCGGGAAAGUACUCCCGGUGCCCGAGAUCUCGCCCAUACGCGGGACAUCGUAUCCACAUGGGGUGUUACGGAAGUGGCUACAUGGCUUGAAGCAAUGCAACUAUCGGAAUAUGUGGAUGUUUUCACGCGUCACGACAUUCGCGGGAAGGAACUUCUAACGCUAGGACGGCGUGACCUCAAGGAACUCAAUAUAACAAAACUAGGGCACGUUAAGAGAAUCCUUCAGGCUGUAAAGGAACUCAAUAGGGCUUAAAAGUAUUUACCCUCAAAAGCACCCAAGUGAUUGCUCUCAUCUCCUUAAUUAGAAAUCUUCUCUAUACUAUAUAUAGCUACAUCUCCCACCAAUGAAGAGUGUCUCAAAACAUUUCCAUUUCAUUAACAAAAAAACAACCAAAUCGUAAUAAUAAUAUAUCUAGAAAAUUUCCACGCGUAGAGAUUAUAUUUUCUAUAUCAAUAUAUUAACAUAGAGAAAAAAAGAGAGAAAACAAAAAUACCAAUUUAGAUAAAAAGAACCUCAAUUGAUAGAAAAAAAAAUUGACGAUUCCCAAAUAUGACGUAUAUAUUUAGAUAAAAUUUAAUCUAGAAUUUACCAAGAAAAAAUACACAAUUUGCAAUUUGAUGUAGUUUUUAUCCCACAUUAUUGAGAAUAUAUUCUAAAUUACCAAGCAAUUAAAAAACCCUUAGAUCACAUUUUCCUUCUCUUUCAAAAAAAAUUAAUUAAUUAAAAAUUACCAAAAUGAAUUAUAAAUUAAAAAAUAAACUAAAAUAACGAGAGAGAUAAAUCUCAAAUGAAAAAUGAAAUAAAAUGAAAAAUUGUAAAUUAACUAAUCUUGUAUUAUAAAAUAGAGUUGUGUAUAUUUUAAUUAAUAGGAAUUUUAAGAAGGUAUAUAUUUUCGUUUCGGAAAAGAGGUGUAAUACCUACAACACACACAGAUGAACAAUGAGCCCCUCCUAAAAUUGAAGAACAAUAUAAUUUUUCAUCGCGUGUCCUUCUCAUCUAUCUCUCUCCGUUGGACUUUUCACGAAAAAUUAUAUUGUUUGCUGAGAAAGAACACACACAAUUUGUUCAUUAGUAAGAUUAAAGAGAGAUUAAAAAAAGAAACCAGAGAUAUUAUUAAGUAGAGAAUAAAUUAUUUAAAAAGAAAAAAAUCUAGCAACUGUAGUGUUUAGUUAAGCAAAAGAAAAAUCAACAAGAAUUAACAUUUUAAGGAAUUCCUAAUACUGCGAUAAUCAAAUUGAAGAAAUGAAAAAAAAAAAUUGCAAGAGGUGAAUUGAGAAAUAUGUAUGUAUGCUCCAGCAGUUAGCAUGCAAGACGUACAUUUCCAACGAAUUUUUUUUUUUUUUGCUAAUAUUGAUUUAACAUAUCACGAAAAGUUCUUUACGAUUGCCCCAUCGGAAGAACUUUGGUGCGAGAGAGAAAUUCUUCUUGUUUUUUUUUUUUCAAAGUGAAAUCAAUUUAAAAUGUUCUCGAAGUGAAUUGGCCACAUUCUCUACGAGUUCGCUUUAAUAUCUCACCAAGGGGAGGUCGGGUUGCUUCCCAAUGAAAUGGUGUACCUAUUAGAACUGUUGAGUUCUUUUAAAUGUUUUCCUGGAUAGUCAAAUAUGGUCAAGGAUACUUUGGAUAUUUUAAAAUAUUUUUUAGGUCAGUGCAUCUUACAACAUUGAAUUCCCAGAAGAAAAGAAUUUGUUCCUCUUAUGAAUAUUCUAAAUAGGAUUCCGUGUAACCAUUAGUUUUUUUUCCGAGAGUUGAAAUGAUCCAAAAAUAUCAACUUUCCACAAUUCGACUCCCGGAAUUUAUCAUUGAAACUCUCGGUAAUCAAAAAUUUACAUAAGAGAGGGAUUUUUUAAAUUAUUUCAAAAUAACCAACAUUUUUUUGUAAAGUUUUUUUUCACAUAAUUUAAUGAAAAUCAAUAUAGGAUAGCCAGAGAGUUUAAAAAGUCACCUCCAGCUAAAAUAUUUUCCAUGGAAAUUCGACAAAAAAUCAAAGAUUUCUUUUAUUAAAUAAUUUUAAAUCUUUUUAAAUAAAUUCAAUUUUUCCUUUCAUUAUCAAAA